AUGUAAAAGUGUAAGCUUUUAAGUUGUAAAACGCGAUUUUGACUACAUUAGACAUGUAUCACAUCCCGAAUUCAACUUCCUUGUUUGGCUGGUGGAAUUGAAACUGAUAGUUGUGAAGGAAAAAUUGAUGGCCUGAUGAAAGGUAUUGGAUGGUGUUUGUAUGUUGUAUAAUGUGGAUCAGCAAUCGCGAGAGCACCUUUUUAUUAAUGAGCCUUUCCUCAGCAGAUUUAUGCAUAAUUUUGUAUCAACUUCCUAACUUUUUCAGCUUCGUCGUGGGAUUCACCUCUUUUGACAGCUUAUUCUAUCCAACAUACAGGGGGGAAUGAGAGAGUUAUUGGAGUUCUUUGGAACAUAUUUUUGGUAGGAGAGAUGUUGCAGAGACCAUGGUGACCACUCAAGGUUAAUACUAAGAUAUAAAUCAUAUUCUAUAGAUAUAAAUCAUAUUUAAUAGUUGUUUCACAUAUGUUUUUAUCUAUUUUAGUGGAUAAGCAGUGUAUAUAGCUGAGGAAGUUGUAAGAACAUUUUGAAGAUUACCUAAUACACGGUUUGUGUUUUGGUUUUCGUUGAGCUAUAAAUUGAAAAAUCAUUCAUCAUGGAAAAAGGAACGAUCUUAAUAAUGUAUAACAAAAUAUUUUUCAUAUAGAUUACAAAUUUUUUGUUUUUAAGUAACUAUGUGAUAACAGUAACAAGUCACUGAGGUGAUAAUAAUGAAAAUAAAUCAUUGAAUUGGCCUCGAAUAGUAUAGUGAAGCGGGAACAAGGGCGAAACCAUUAAUUUAUUUCAUUUUUUUUUUAUUGAAAUUCACUUAAGGAGACUAUUGCGUCCUCUUCUGAGAAAAGUCCGCGCAUUCAUCAAAAAUUCUAUUUUUCGUGCUCAUUUUUCUCCACAUAUUGUAGACUUCUCAGGUACAAGAUAAAUUAUGAAAACAUAAAACCGAAAAGGAAUGCUUUCUUUUCUCUUUUUUACAUCUCCUUUUUUCCUUUAACUUUCUUUCAAUAGAAAGCACUUUGAAACUGCCUCUUAUCUGGGUACCUUGUAUUAUCUCUCGUAUCAUUGUUGCCAAUUAAUUCUGCCCCAAACAUUGUAGCCGAUAAUGCCUUUCAAUUAUCCUCGUAGAUGAUGGAUAUCUAUAGAAUUGUGGGAGUUCGUUAAACAGUUGGCAUUACUUAGUCCUUUGCGUGGCAAGAAUUGAUUGGGUUAAGGUAAAAAUAUUUCAUAUUGACAGUGAGUGAGGGAUAGCCCUGGUGAGUGAGGGAAAAUGGAGAGUUUUUUGGAUGAUACAUUUGAUGUGAAAGCCAAACACGCCCCUGAUGAGGCAUUGGAAAAAUGGAGGAAGCUCUGUGGGGUGGUUAAGAACCCCAAGAGAAGGUUCAGAUUUACGGCCAACAUCUCCAAGCGAUCUGAAGCUGCUGCUAUGCGUCGUACCAACCAGGAGAAGUUAAGGAUUGCAGUUCUUGUAUCUAAAGCCGCAUUUCAAUUCAUCUCCAGUGUAUCCCCAAGUGACUACACUGUACCUCCCGAAGUGAAAGCAGCUGGAUUCGACAUUUGUGCUGAUGAGUUGGGAUCCAUCGUUGAAGGCCAUGACGUGAAAAAGCUACGCUUCCAUGGAGGAGUGAACGGGAUAGCCCAAAAGCUUUGCACUUCUACAAAUGACGGCCUCCCUAAAGAUGUUGAUGCAUUGAACCGCAGACAAGAGCUCUUUGGAAUCAACAAGUUCGCUGAAAGUGAAUCUAAGAGUUUCUGGGUAUUCGUUUGGGAAGCCCUUCAUGACAUGACUCUCAUGAUACUUGCAGUGUGUGCUUUUGUAUCCUUAAUUGUUGGGAUAGCUACAGAAGGAUGGCCUAAGGGAGCCCAUGACGGGCUUGGCAUUGUUGCAAGUAUAAUGUUAGUCGUGUUCGUAACAGCAACAAGCGACUACCGCCAGUCCUUACAGUUCAAGGAUUUGGACAAAGAGAAGAAGAAGAUAAGCAUCCAGGUUACAAGAAAUGGGUUCAGGCAGAAAAUGUCCAUCUAUGAAUUACUUCCUGGCGAUAUUGUUCAUCUCGCCAUUGGAGAUCAAGUCCCAGCAGAUGGCCUUUUUGUUUCGGGCUUCUCUGUUUUGAUUGAUGAAUCUAGCUUAACCGGUGAAAGCGAGCCAGUUAUGGUGGGUGCUGAAACCCCCUUUUUGCUCUCUGGAACCAAAGUUCAAGAUGGCUCCUGCAAGAUGCUGAUUACAACUGUUGGGAUGAGAACUCAAUGGGGGAAACUAAUGGCGACUCUGAGUGAAGGAGGUGAUGAUGAGACGCCAUUGCAGGUGAAACUAAAUGGUGUAGCAACCAUUAUUGGAAAAAUUGGGCUCUUUUUUGCUGUCAUCACGUUUGCAGUUUUAGUACAAGGACUUGUUGUUAGGAAGUGGAAGGAUGGAAGUCACGUGGAUUGGAGUGCUGAAGAAGCAAUGGAGAUGCUCGAGUACUUUGCCAUUGCCGUCACGAUUGUGGUCGUCGCGGUUCCAGAAGGGUUACCGCUUGCGGUGACUUUAAGCCUUGCAUUCGCCAUGAAGAAAAUGAUGAAUGACAAAGCACUCGUUAGGCACCUUGCAGCUUGUGAGACGAUGGGAUCCGCUACAACCAUUUGCAGUGACAAAACUGGAACCUUGACAACGAAUCACAUGACCGUUGUGAAAUCGUGCAUUUGUAUGAGUGUUCGUGAAGUUGGGAACCCGAGUAAGUUCGCCAACAUGAAAUCUGAGCUCCAUGAUUCAGCUCUCAAGUUGUUGCUUCAAUCGAUAUUCAACAACACUGGUGGUGAAGUUGUGAUGAGUAAAGAAGGGAAACGUGAGAUUUUGGGGACUCCUACUGAGGCGGCGAUACUCGAGUUUGGUUUGUCCCUCGGUGGGGACUUCCAGGCAGAGAGAGAAGCAGUGAAGCUUGUUAAGCUCGAGCCUUUCAACUCAACCAAAAAGAGGAUGGGGGCAGUCGUGGAGCUUCCUGUAGAAGGUGGAAGGUUGAGAGCUCACUCAAAGGGAGCCUCGGAAAUAGUGUUGGCCUCUUGUGAGAAGGUGAUCAAUUCGAAAGGUGAAGUUGUGGCUUUGGAUGAUUCAUCUCUAAAAUUUCUCCAGGCUACGAUUGAUCAGUUUGCUAGUGAGGCCCUAAGAACUCUAUGUUUGGCAUACAAGGAAGUGCAAGGUGGGUUUUCGCCUAACGAUCUUAUCCCAGAGUCUGGGUAUACGUGCAUUGGAAUCGUGGGAAUUAAGGAUCCAGUAAGGCCAGGGGUGAAGGAAUCUGUUGCAGUUUGUCAUGCAGCUGGUAUUGCUGUUAGAAUGGUCACGGGAGAUAACAUUAACACUGCUAAAGCGAUAGCGAGAGAGUGUGGGAUUCUCACUAGUGACGGUGUAGCUAUAGAAGGCCCAGUUUUCAGGGAAAAAAGUCAGGCCGAGUUGCUCGAACUUAUUCCCAAGAUUCAGGUAAUGGCGCGAUCUUCACCUCUUGACAAGCACACACUGGUGAAGCAUUUGAGAACCACAUUUGAUGAUGUAGUUGCUGUGACUGGGGAUGGAACAAAUGAUGCUCCAGCACUUCAUGAAGCUGAUAUUGGUCUUGCAAUGGGCAUAGCUGGAACUGAGGUGGCUAAAGAGAGUGCUGAUGUAAUAAUCCUUGAUGAUAACUUCUCGACGAUCGUGACAGUGGCCAAAUGGGGGCGGUCAGUUUACAUAAACAUCCAAAAAUUUGUGCAGUUCCAACUCACGGUUAAUGUGGUUGCCUUGGUAGUUAACUUCUCUUCAGCUUGCAUGACAGGAAGUGCACCCCUAACAGCUGUCCAAUUAUUGUGGGUAAAUAUGAUAAUGGACACAUUAGGAGCUCUUGCACUGGCAACAGAGCCACCCAACAAUGCAUUGAUGAAACGGCCACCAGUUGGAAGGAAAGGCCAUUUCAUUACUAAUGUGAUGUGGAGAAACAUCUUAGGCCAGUCCUUUUACCAGUUCUUAAUAAUAUGGAAGCUCCAAGCAUCUGGGAAAUCAAUGUUUGAGCUCGAAGGCUCCGAUUCUGAUCUAGUUCUCAACACUAUCAUUUUCAACUCCUUCGUCUUCUGUCAGGUUUUCAAUGAGAUAAGUUCUCGUGAGAUGGAGUCGAUCAACGUGUUCAAAGGCAUGUUGAACAACUAUGUCUUUGUCAUGGUUCUGGUUGCUACUGUAGCCUUCCAGAUCAUAAUUAUUGAGUUUCUAGGAACGUUUGCUAACACGACACAUCUGACGUCACAUCAGUGGGGAGCCUGUGUGUUGAUCGGGUUCAUUGGCAUGCCAAUUGCUGCUAUCUUGAAACUAGUUCCCGUUUGAAACAAUGUGAAGUCAAGAGAUGAGAGGGGCUGUCCCUUGAAUUGCAAUUUUGAGAACAAAGGUAAUAUGUUGAUGAUGUAGUUUAGUCCUAAAGGGAAACUUCUUGGUGGCGCAUAGUCCAAGUAACAGUGAAACUCCUCUAUACAUGAUUCUUAGUAGGGUCCAAGUUUACCAGGUUUGAUUAAUGGAGUAUGAACGUUUGAUUAUUUGUUUCCUUUUUUAGCAGAGCACUUUGAUUUUUUUAGCCUCUUUAUUUUGAUGAGCUUGUACUUGAGACACAUUGGUAUAAGAAAUGCAGAAUUUCUGU